CUUCGAAUUUUAGUCAGUCACAAUAGUACUUCGGAAAAAUGAAAACUUCAUUUCUUGCCGUUCUACUUCUUCUGUUUUGCAUACAAACAUCACUCACAAUUGCUGGUGGCAAUACUAAUACUCCGACAAAUCAUUGUAAAUCUGAGCUUACCCAAUUAAGACAAAAUGCUAGCAAAUUCAUCGCGCGUCUGAAGCAGAUCCUCGAUUCGGGUCAUAAUACGUUAGCCGGAAUCGUAGAGUUAGAUGCAAAGUUAUUCAAAAUUGAACACUACUAUCUGAGCGACAGUUAUGCCACAGAUGUAAAGACUGCCAGUACUAAAUUAAAAUCGUUCGUUGACGGCUUCACAGCGCCUUCCACUGAAUUAUCGAACUUUAUCAACAGCGUUCAUGAUGAUUGUGACACAAUGCUAAAUCUUGCCGAUGAUUUUGCAAAAGAAAAUAAAUUAACUUUUUGCCCGAAAGUAGCACUUAAAGGGUGCGAAGCCGAGCUCGGCACAUUGCAAUGUGAAUUAUUCGAUUUGCUGAAAGAGCUCAAAAAACAGCGAGAAAAGGCUAUGGCUAGUAUCACGGUAAUGAAGUCGACAGUUUCGAAUUUAGGUGAAAUGGUGAAGGAAUUCGCUUCGACGCACCUUACCCGACCACACGCUGGAAUUGAUGUCGACUGUUGUAAGCUACGUACGGCAGCCAAUCGAUUCUUUGUUGAAUUCAACCAAAGACAUUGGGUGGGGUACCAAAAAUUCGUUAAGCUUCAAUUUGUUUGCGACGAAAUAACGACCUGUGUCAGUGUUUUUGAUGUGAAAUUGAAAUGCAUUAAAUAAACGAA